AUGCGCCGGCGAUGGCCCUGGGGAAGACUUUACCGCUGGCCCCGCGUGUUUUCGAAGCAGUGCCGGUCCUACACGGACUUGCAGGUUGCGCCUUUGCGCAAUGCCCUGACAGAAAGUCAGAAGACCCUGCUGGGUAUCGGCCAAUUGGCCGCGCGCAACGAUGUGUAUCUUCCCAUGCCCAAACCUUUCGGGCUCCACGCCCGGUCUGUGGCGGACGUCCAUGAGAUGUUGCGGAGCUGCGUCAAAGAACCACGCAGCGAACUGUUGCAACCAGACGAUAGCGUCGCAGCCCGCUGCAGUUAUGCCGUGGCACACGAGUUCCCAUGGUUUCCCUUCCUUUCAACCCUCGGGCAGCAUCCGGAGGCAAAGGAAGCAGUCGCAGCUGCUAUCCUCCAAGCACUUCCCGAAGGCAGCAAGCUGGGCCGGCGCUGGUGGUUUGCGUAUGAACUUUUCCACGAUCGUUUGCCACAUCCUGAUUCUGCUUUUGUAGAUCCAGUUCCAUUUCUGCCUCCUGAGCGCUUCUUUUGCACCACUGGGAGGCUCUCAGCGCGGCAUGGCGUGAUUGACAACUUGUUAGGUGGCCGCGACUUCUGUCCCUUCGUGGAGAGGUUCGCCGGCGCCGACGAGGCAGUCGAACAGUUCCGCGGCGAACUGAUGGACGUCCUGUCCCCAAUCUGCAUGAUGACUGUUAAGGACUUUCUCACGGAAGCGGGGCUCCGCCACGGCAUCCCUGUGGAUGAUGAGAAAUUCCAGCGGCUUCUUCGACAACUGCAGUCAGGAGGCUUUGACCUGACCAGUGCGGAGAGAGAGGAGCUGCGCUGGCAGUUGGGCCAGGAGGCCUUGACCGCCACGCGGCUGGUGAACUUUGCCUCGUGGCUGCGAGGUGAUUCCCCGCUGGCAUUUCGCUUGCGCGAACAUUUGUUGGGUGUCGAGCCGAUUGACCUUCAGUGGCAUGCACCCGGGGAGGUCUUCCUGGAUCGGCUCUCCCGCGUGAUCAGCUCCGUGGAGACGCGUGCUUCACAGCUGCUAGAGCGUGAUCUGCCGCCGAACAAAAAGGAGCGCUUCUUCGUGGACGCCAUCUCCAAGCCUUGGACGCGGAACGACGUGGUGUUGAACUUGGAUCUCAUCAAGCACUUGCAGAAAGGCUUGCUUUCAGCUGAACGUUACGAGGAGGUCUUGAAGACGCAGGUUGUGGGCGAACCACGCAGAACUACGCAGAAUUGGAUCUCCUCUGAGAAGCAUGACCCGGAGUACGGCAAGGAAUUGGUGCUGCACUACCUACCACCCACUCCCGACAUGCUGCCCGAACUCUACCAGGGGUAUUUCCAAUGCGUCCAAAGGAUGAUGGAUGAUCCGGCAAUGGACCCUAUUGUUUGCGCCACUAUCGCGAAGAUUGCUUUGAACACGCUUCAUCCCAUGGCUGAUGGCAAUGGCCGUGUGCAACGGAUGAUCUUCCAGCUGGUUCUCUUCAGGUUCAACUUUUUACCGCGGGUGAACAUCCCAGUCUCUGUGGUGAUGCUUCAGGACCGCACGGGCUAUGAAGUGAUGCAGCAAGGACAUGUGGAUCAGAUGAUGGCAGGCCUUCGACAUCAGCUGUUACGCUUGGAGGGUGAGGCAGAAGACUCGUUUCAGCACCUCCACGCCAAUGAGACGCUGAAGGCGGUCUAUUGCUACCAGGACUUCACCUUCGCAGUCAGCUGCAUGACGAAACUGAUGCAGAACACGCUGCCGGUCUUGGCCGCAAAGGCCUACUUCCUCCGCCGCUUCGAUUGGCGCGUGGACGAACUGCUGAAGGACGACGCCCUGCUGCCGCCCAGGGCCGCCACGAAGAUUGCCAAGACCUUCAAGAAUGAUUUCAAGCCGUGGGUUGUCUUAUCUCAAGGUCUUGAAGCUGAUCUUCAUGGAUGGCUGGUGGAUCGGCCUGCGUCGCAUCCUGCACUUCUUGCAGACUGCCACGCAUCCCGAGGAUCUCUUCGGCUUGAAGCGUUUGCAGAAGCGUCUCGUGGAUUUACUGGAGAGAUCGAAUCGGCGGCGCUGGUUGAUGUCUUCGGGGCAGCAAGCGCAGCAAGACAAGAUCUUGGCUCAGGCCGAGAAGGCCAAAUCUGA